AUGUUCGCCAAGAUCGCAGUAAUCGCUUGCGUGAUCGCAGUUGCCCGCGCGGCUGCCUAUGCCAGCUAUGCCCCCGCGGCCUACGCCACCUACUCUGCCCCAUCGGUGAGCGCGACCAGCCAGAACGUGUACCGCUCCGAGGGUAACUUGAACACCGUGUCGACCCACUCCAAGAGCAUCGCCACCCCCUUCUCCUCGUCCAACAAGCAAGUGACCACCGUCACCAACCCCGCGGUCUACGCCCACACUGCCCCGGUCUACGCCGCCCCCGCCCCCGCCUUGGCCUACUCGGCACCCUUGGCUCACGCACCCGCCCCCGCAGCCAUCGCCUACUCCCCGGCGGUCGCCGUCUCCCACAUGAGCUACUCCGCCCCUGCCUUCAGCUACGGAUGGUAA